CUAGAAGGAGAGAGAAAAAGGAGUCGGCAGCGGCUUCUACGCGUUCCCGGGCUGCGCGCCUACUCUCUCCGCUGGUGGAGCGGUGCUUUGCGGCUGCCGUCAAGCGCGGCGCUGGGCCGGCGGGCGGGGGCCGAGGGGCUGCCAUGGCGGCGGCGGGCCGGCUGCCGAGCUCUUGGGCGCUGCUGGCGCCGCUCCUCGCGGUGCUUGCACUACUGGGAGUCGGGCCGGUCCCAGCGCGGGCGCUGCACAACGUCACGGCCGAGCUCUUUGGGGCCGAGGCCUGGGGCACCCUUGCGGCUUUCGGGGACCUCAACUCCGACAAGCAGACGGACCUCUUCGUGCUGCGGGAAAGAAAUGACUUAAUCGUCUUUUUGGCAGACCAGAAUGCACCCUAUUUUAAACCCAAAGUCAAGAUAUCUUUCAAGAAUCACAGUGCAUUGAUAACAAGUGUAGUCCCUGGGGAUUAUGAUGGAGAUUCACAAAUGGAUGUCCUUCUGACAUAUAUUCCCAAAAAUCAUGCCAAGAGUGAUUUAGGAGCUGUUAUCUUCUGGGGACAAAAUCAAACAUUAGAUCCUAACAAUAUGACCAUACUCAAUAGAACUUUUCAAGAUCAGCCACUAAUUAUGGAUUUCAAUGGUGAUCUAAUUCCUGAUAUUUUUGGUAUAACAAAUGAAUCCAACCAGCCACAGAUACUAUUAGGAGGAAAUUUAUCAUGGCAUCCAGCAUUGACCACUACAAGUAAAAUGCGAAUUCCACAUUCUCAUGCAUUUAUUGAUCUGACUGAAGAUUUUACAGCAGAUUUAUUCCUGACAACAUUGAAUGCCACCACUAGUACCUUCCAGUUUGAGAUAUGGGAAAAUUUGGAUGGAAACUUCUCUGUCAGUACCAUCUUGGAAAAACCUCAAAAUAUGGUGGUGGUUGGACAGUCAGCAUUUGCAGACUUUGAUGGAGAUGGACACAUGGAUCAUUUACUCCCAGGCUGUGAAGAUAAAAAUUGCCACAAAAGUACCAUCUACUUAGUGAGAUCUGGGACAAAGCAGUGGAUACCAGUACUACAAGAUUUCAGCAAUAAGGGCACACUCUGGGGCUUUGUGCCAUUUGUACAUGAACAGCAACCAACUGAAAUACCAAUUCCAAUCACCCUUCAUAUUGGAGACUACAAUAUGGAUGGCUAUCCAGACGCUCUGGUCAUACUAAAGAACACAUCUGGAAGGUAAGGAAAUUAAAUCAAGUGAGA